AUGGGCUUCGUAGCGCCGGAUGCGCAGCAGGUGGACUUUGAGGCCAUUCCCAUCCUCCUGGACGACGAGUCGCCGCCGAGUCGCCGAAGAUUGCGAUUGGAGCGACCCACUCCGAGGUGCGUGAGGCCAAAGCCCUGCGCGACGAUCAGGGUGGAUGAGGAUGUGGAGAUCAUCCUCGACCCGACCGCAGAGCUCAGCCGCGGCUUCGGCGCCCGACCGCAAAUGCAUCGGUCCCUGCCGGCGUUGUACCUAGAGCCUCACCGGGUGAACAUGUCCAGGCAUUGCACGGUGUGCAGGCAGCAAUUUCGCUCUGGAGAUCUUCGCGUGGGCUUUAUGCAGGAGCCUCAGCUCCUGCCUCAAUGGGUGCAUCUCUGCUGCACGCGGCGGGCGCGGCUGCGAAGCAUCGGGCGCUGGAUGGCCCAUCAUCCGCAGGUCACGGAGGCGGAACUGGACAAGGCGCUGGACACAUUGGGCCGACCGGGCGGCAGUUCGAAUGAGUUGCAGCCUUGGAGCUAUCUGGCGGCAACGGUACAUGAAUGGACCACCACGCUUUUGCGCGAGCGAGGACACCGCAGCACUGCCGCGGCAUUGGAGUCUGAGAGAGAGAUCGCUGAUGUGCUGGCCACCUUGCCGUGCGAGCAGUUGCAGGAAGCUCACGACAGCUGCGCCAUUUGUCAUCAGACGUUGGACGUGGGGGAGAUGGUUUGCCGCCUGCCUUGUGAGCAUGUCUACCACGUCGGCUGCAUCGACGCCUGGCUGAGGCCGUAUCCAGAGCGCUUCACCAAUGACUUUUUUCGGGACAGCUUGCCAGAGCUGGAGUUCAAAUUGGAAGAGGCUUGCGUCAAGGGCAGCAUUCAGGAGGUGCACGACCUCAUCCUGAAAGGCGCCGACAAGGACGCGCCCUUGGACCAAGACCUCAAGACACCGUUGAUGAUCGCCUGCCAACUCGGCUGGUUCCACUUGGUGAAGUGGCUGGUGGAGUUUGAGGAAGUUGACAUGGAUGGGCCCAUGUCCAGAUGCGGCUUUCGGGCCAUGGACUACGCUGGCAAGGAGCAGUUCCGCUGGCCCAACGAGGAGGUGGAGAUUGCCGACUACCUGAGGAGUAUGGGCUCCAACUACUCCUGGUGGGGCGCCUGCUUUGCCGGGGACAUCCCCCGCAUCGAUGAAUACCUGCAAAAUGGGCAGGAUAUUAACGAGAUCAAUCCGGUGCUCUGGAACUACAACGCUGUAGAUUGCGCCCUCCAUGGAGGAUGCGCCAAGGCGGCGCAGUUCCUGGUGGCGCGGGGGGGCAUGAUCACCGUGAGGAAUUGUCACGUGCCGGUGUGGGAGGACAUGUUGUGGAGUCUUGGCCGUGGGGAUGCAUUCAUGUACAAGGAGUGGGGCAUCGAAGAAGGCACCUUCACAAAGCUAUGA